AUGUGGACCCUGACGUGGACCCUGACGUGGACUCUGACGUGGACUCUGUUGGUCCUGCAGAUCGGGGGCUGGAACCUGACGGGUCCCUGGGAGAAGGAGAACUUCAUGGAGGUCCUGAAGGCGGUCUCCGGUCCGUACCGGGCUCAGCCCUUCUUCAGCGUCGGAGUCAACGCGGAUCCCAAGAACUCCAACAGUAACGUCAUCCAGCUGGACCAGUCCGGGCUCUUCCUGCCGUCCAGAGACUACUACCUGAACAGGACGGCCAACGAGAAGGUGCUGGUGGCGUACCUGGGCUACAUGGUGGAGCUGGGCCGGCUGCUGGGGGGGCCGAGCGGCACCACGCUGGUCCAGAUGCAGCAGAUCCUGGACUUUGAGACGGCGCUCGCCAACAUCACCGUCCCCCAGGACCAGCGCCGCGACGAGGAGAAGAUCUACCACAAGGUCACCGUCUCGGAGCUGCAGGCUCUGGCUCCGGCCGUGGACUGGCUGGACUUCCUGUCGUCCUCUCUGUCUCCGCUGGAGCUCAACGGCUCCGAGCCCGUCGUGCUGUACGCCCGAGAGUACCUGCAGCAGGUCUCCGAGCUCCUGAACCGGACGGACCGCAGUCUGCUGAACAACUACAUGAUGUGGACCCUGGUCCAGAAGAGCGUGUCCAGUCUGGACCAACGCUUUGAAAACGCUCAGGACAAACUGCUGGAGAGUCUGUACGGGACCAAGAAGUCCUGCACCCCCCGCUGGCAGACCUGCAUCGGGAACACGGACGACACCCUGGGCUUCGCUCUGGGGGCGCUGUUCGUCAAGGCCACCUUCGACAAGCACAGCAAGGACAUCGCCGAGGAGAUGAUCAACGAGAUCCGCUCAGCGUUCAAAGAAACUCUGGACCGGAUCACCUGGAUGGACGAGCACACGAGACUGGCUGCUAAAGACAAGGCCGAUGCGAUCUACGACAUGAUCGGUUUCCCAGAAUUCAUCCUGGACCCCAAAGAGCUGGACGACGUGUUUGACGGGUACGACGUGGCUGACGACGGCUUCUUCCAGAACAUGUUGAACUUCUACAAUUUCUCGUCGCGCGUGAUGGCCGACCAGCUGAGGAAGACCCCCAACAAGGACCAGUGGAGCAUGACUCCUCCCACAGUGAAUGCCUACUACAUGCCGACGAAGAACGGCAUCGUCUUCCCUGCUGGGAUUCUCCAGGCGCCGUUCUACGCCCACGACCACCCCAAGGCCCUGAACUUCGGGGGCAUCGGGGUCGUGAUGGGUCAUGAGCUCACGCACGCCUUUGACGAUCAGGGCCGCGAGUACGACAAGGAGGGGAACCUGCGGCCGUGGUGGCAGAACUCGUCGGUGGAGGCGUUCCGCCAGCGGACCGAGUGCAUGACGGAGCAGUACGACGGCUACACCGUCAACGGGGAGCACGUCAACGGGAAGCAGACGCUGGGCGAGAACAUCGCCGACAACGGGGGCCUGAAGGCGGCCUAUCACGCCUACCGGUCCUGGGUCCGGAGGAACGGGGAGGAGAAGAGGCUUCCUGCCGUCAACCUCACCAACGACCAGCUCUUCUUCCUGGGGUUCGCUCAGGUGUGGUGCUCGGUCCGGACACCGGAGAGCGCUCACGAGGGUCUGGUGACCGACCCCCACAGCCCCCCCCGGUACCGGGUCAUCGGCACGCUCGCCAACUCGCCCGACUUCAGCCGCCACUUCAACUGCCCGACGGGGACGCCGAUGAACACCGGGCGGCGCUGUGAGGUCUGGUAGACCGGCUGGGGGGGGCGUGGUCAAUGAGAUCAGGCGGUGGCUCGGUAGGUUGGAGGUUCAGAGGCGAUCGGCUGUUGGUGAGGAUGACGAGCUGAGGUCUUCAUCCUGUGAUAGAGACGAGCAGAACAACUUCCUGUCGGAACGAACUCAAUGGACUGGAGGAGGAGGAGGAGGAGGAAGAGGAGGAGGAGGAGGAAGAAGAAGAAGCCACAUGGGACGAUGUUGCUGAUUUCUGAUUUAUCACCGUUGAUUGAUUUUUAAUAUUAUGAAUAUUAUGUUGUUAAUAUGC